UCUUACGAAAAAUGUUUUCUCUCCAAAACAUAAGUCCUGCCCAUUUCUCUUCUCACCAAAUCCUUACAAUUGUUAUAGAAGAAUAUCAAGAUCAUCACCAUAACCAACUUUUUCAGGCUGCUCAUACCUAUUUAAGCACCAUAGUAAAUGCUUCCAAGGAGAACAAAACGACAACCAUUGUCAAAGAUCAAGAAAUACAUGAUGUUUUUAGAAAUGUACAAGUAAGUUGGAAGUUGGUUUUCUUUAAAGCUGGACAUUUUGAUUUUAGAAUUCAAUAUGCUAAUUCAGAAUCCGAACUAAGAUCCUAUCAGCUAUCUUUUCACAAGAAAUAUAAAGAAAUAGUUCUAAAUUUCUACUUGCCUUACAUCUUGGAGAGAAAAGAACCAAGAAACAAGGUUCAAAAACUGAAGCUUUCUACCUUUGAUCGUCAAUGGAAGUGGGAAGUAGACGACACAUUUGAUAACUCAACGACAUUCAAGAAUCUAGUUAUGGAUGCAGAGAUGAAGAAAACUGUUUUAGAUGAUUUGAACAUGUUUAUGAAGGCUAAGGAAAUGUAUGGAAGGAUUGGGAGAGCUUGGAAUAGAAGUUACUUGUUUUAUGGACCUUCUGGCUCAGGCAAAUCAAGCUUAAUUGCAGCUAUGGCUAAUCACAUAAAAUAUGACAUUUAUGAGUUAGAUCCAUCAAUUUGGUGCCAACCUUACCUCAACUUUCACCGACUUAUGGAUGAUAUCCCCAAUCGAUCUAUACUUGUGAUAAAGGAUAUUGAUUGCAAUGUACAACCAGAGAAUCAUAAUCAAGAUCAGAAAGAAACCUUACAGCUACUCCAAGUCACUGAUGGACUUUGGUCACACUGUAGAAAUGAAUAUAUGAUCAUCUUCACAGCCAGAGACAAGGAAAGGGUUAAUCCAGCUUUGAUGAGUUAUGGUCGCAUAGAUAUGCACAUCAAAAUGUCAUAUUGUAAUAUUUUUACAUUCAAGAAAUUAGUUUCCCAUUAUCAUGGAAUUCAACAUCACAAGCUUUUUCAAGAAAUUGAAGAGCUCAUAGAGAAUGUUGAAGUCACUAAUGAAGAAGUUUUAGGAGAGCUAAUGAAGAGUAAUGAUGUGAGAACUGCUUUACAAGGCCUUGUAGAGUUCCUUCAAUGGAAGAAAGUUAAGCUUGAUGAUGAAGCUGAAAUUAGCAUCAACAAAGAGGCUAAAGAAUAGAACUAUAUAUGUAGUUAGAGAUUGAUUUUGGAUUUAUUUCAAUUUUUAAUUAACUAAUAUUCUUUUUAGAUCUAUUUUAUUGAUUUGGUUCAUAAAUGGGCCUAUGUACUUGUAUUUUGCUAUUAUAACAAUGAUUAUGAGGAUAGAUUUAACAGUUUGAAAUUAUAUUUUAUUAAAUAUUAAAAGUCCA